AUCCCACCGACUUGUAUUCUCCUUCAUCAUGACAAUUACAGUAUAUGCGGACGAACUCCUACGUCUAAAUGUCGACGAUAUUGGAGAUGAGGAUCUUUUCGACCUUAAAGACCCAGAGAACUGGACUGAGGAACAUACGGCACAUUUCCGGAAAAUUGUCAAUGAGCGCCACCAGCGUGAUGAAAAAGAUCGGUCGCGGGCGGUGGAUGCAGAUGAACUUGGGGCACGAUUAGGCCGCAUUCCUACGAGAGAAUCACCCGCCUCCCCUCUUACGCGUUACCGCUCGCCCUCCACAUCGACUAUCGACAGGGAGAGAGAUAGAGAAGAGGGCUGGCAAGAAGAGGAGGAGGCCUAUCAUGCUUUGGUAGCCGAAGGGGGCCGGCCGUCCCACCCUGUGACCCUCGGAUAUGACGUGAUAGACAACCCCAACAAUUAUGAACAGUACAAGGACGUUAUCUGGUUUUGGCACUGGAAGGGAGGCUAUUACACAGUAUUUUUCACUCAACUCAUGGAGUGGAGGCGAUUCCGAGAAAUGCAGGACAAGAAGCGGAGUUAUUACAUUCCACAAAACAGGUUUCAAGAGUAUCAAGACUCCGUCCAUGAGAGCCAAACAGACGCGGGAUGGAAAUACGACCUCCGAGUGCUCGAGGACCGACACCAACAGAAUCGACUGGAAGACUGGAAUGAGUUUCGGGCAGUCUACUAUCGGAGGCUCAAAGCAUGUGAGAAACGGGUUGCGCCGGCACAUGCGAAUCUACUUGUCAGGGAGAAGGAAUUCGAAGAUGCCAAAGCACGACUGAUCGAUGUUGUUACUGAUACACAGGUUCUGUAUAGCCGAUUCAGCGAAAUUCGAGCCUCACAGAAGGAAGUGGCGAAAGCGCAAUCUAGAGUGGAGUCAGCCGAGGAGGCGUUACGAGCAGCAAAACAAAUCAGGUCAAAGAGAAAAGCAACGUUAAUGAGGAUGGCGCACCAGGAAAUCGCUUCUGCGAGGGACAAUUUAAAGCAAGUAUCCGGUACUGAGGAAAUGAGAAGACUCCGUGAUGGGUAUGACCUGCACAUAGCCGACAAGGUCAUGGUCAUAGCAAAGGGUAAGUUGAGAGCAGCGGAGCUCGAUGUGAAGAGAUGGAAAGUAUUCCUGAAGUGGAUCGACGACCAGCAUCCAGCCAUCGCAGCCGAAUGCGGGUUGUUCACCAAUGAUACCCUGGAUGCCGCUUUCCAUGCCAUCAGAGGAAAAGAAGAUCCGCAGAGGCAGAAAGAGCGGCCUCAGCUCCGACGAAGAAAACAUAAGCAAAGACGAUCUGUUCUUAGUCCAAAAGCUCCAUCGAAGGUCUCAAAAGCCUCGAAAGCUAGAGUGGGCCCUUCCAGCUUACGUGCAACGAUCGCAACACCACUUCACGAAUCACCCGUGCCGGUGGUUGCUUCAGCUCAGCAAGGAGAUCAUGACGACAAGAGGAAGUCGCGGCUACGGUCAUGCCCAAGUAUAUCAACACUCAAACCCACCCGUCGCAGCGCUCGAAUCGCAGAAAGAGUAAAAGGCCUACAGGAUUGUGACGCACUAUCUAAAACUGCAAGGUUCAUGGGUCGAGAGGCGCACGAGCUGUUACAAGUGAAGCGACAAAAGGAACAGAAUAUGAAGCGAGCAACAACGAAGAGUAGUGAGCGCCUCAAAGGCAGGCAUCCAUCGAAACCGCAAGGCGUUUCAAAGCGGAGGGGUCCUCCUCGAUGAAGGUGUAUCCCGAACCGAGCCUUUCUUCAUUCUCCAGUUCCCUGUGCCAGUACCAAUGUCGAGGACGUUCCCGGGUGUCUUGACAGGGGCAAGUGUAUGUAUUUUGAGAUUGUCUUUUGCAACAGCUUUCGGUUGAUGCAGCUUGCACCAGAAUGUACACAGAUCACGUGACUUGAAGUACUCGAUGAUGUCUCCCGCCGAUGGCUAUAUCUGGAACUCUUGUCUUGGUCUUCCGUCGAGAUCGAUCUCCACGGUGUGUUUAAUCUUCAGGCCGCCUAGUCACCCCAUGCAGGCCCCAGGACACGGCCUUCAGACAAUAAAAUCAAUUUUGGGAAACCUUCCAGACCAACGAAUCAUUUUUAGCGCCCAGAAGCAUGAAACCGCGCGUUUUGGCAUCAAGUUUCGACUUGAGACCUUGCCAGGGCAGUUUUCCAUGAAUCAUCGCGAGACCUGUCAUGUAGACCGACGGGUAUCUACUCCGUACAGAUACUGAAAUAGCGAUUGCUCCCCAGGAGACGUAGAUGCGCUGGCGAAGGACUGAGG